ACAACGAAAUUUCAAUGUGGAAUCUGGAAACUGAUUUUCGACAAAUGGUUCUUUGGGCAUCAAGUGCACCUCCUCUAAGUCAUUCGCAAGGUGGUCACAGUGUAUGUGCAAUGUAUUCCGGCUGUAUAGAUCGUUCGGGUUUCUUAUUAGCUGGUGGAACUGAUAUGAGAUUGCGGUUUUGGGAUUUAAAUACACCCAAUGAAUCGUAUGUUGCACUGCCUGCUGCAAAUGAUGUUACUCCUCCAAAUUCAUUGGCAUAUGAACAACGUUUAAUCGAUGGAACCAAUGUAGUACAAGAAGUCUUAGCUGGAGGUGGUCCUUCGCCAUCAUCCGGUGGAGGUAACAGUAUUAGAACGAGAAAUUCUGAAGAAGGUGGUCAGGGUCCAGAAACUCCACCUUCGGGACAUCACGACACUAUUUCCGCAGUAGCUAUGUCAAAUACAUGUAUUCUUACUGGUAGUACAGAUGGAUUAAUACAAGUUUGGAAAUGAUUGAUUUCUUUUCCAUCAUGUCGCGUUCCAAAACUACAUUCAGUGUACAAAUUUUUGUAAUGCAUCACAGAUUUAUUCUGGAAAAAAUAAUUUGAUCGAACAUCGAGAUUUUUAUGA